GCCAGCCCCCAGCAGACCCUGCACUCUUCAUGGAAAGCCCCGCGCGGUUCCCGUGGUGAUGGCAGCUGACAGUGAUGUGAAGAUGCUGCUGAAUUUUGUCAACCUGGCGUCCAGUGACAUCAAGGCGGCCCUGGACAAGUCGGCCCCCUGCCGCCGCUCUGUGGACCAUCGCAAGUACCUGCAGAAGCAACUCAAGCGCUUUUCUCAGAAGUAUUCGAGGUUCCCUAGGGGCCUGCCUGGCAGGGUGACAGAGCCUCAUCUGCCCAGAGGGCCGGAAGAGAGGCCUGGGCAGCUGCCCCUCCACCCGUGCCCCGAAUCCAGCCCUGGUGGGGAUGGGAGCUGCAAGGAGAAGGCCCUGGGGACCCCCUUCAGGGAGGAGUGCCUUUCUAAGGAGCAGAGCUUUGGUGGGCUGAAUGCAGAGGCUUCUAGACCUGGCCAGGUGCCAAUGAGGAAGAGACAGCUGCCUGCUUCAUUCUGGGAGGAACCAAGGCCCACCCUGAGCUACCCAAUGGGGCUGGAGGUGGGCCUAACCCCCAGGGAGGCAUCUCUGUAUGAGAAUAAGAAAAAUUGCAAGGGUCUUGAGUCCCUGGGGCCUGAGACUACUCCAUUGCCCAUGUCCCCAAGGGUUCUAGCUGACAUGGAGCCACUCAAGAUGUCUGGGGUAUCUUUGGUAGGCAGCCUUGAUGCCUGGAGCUACUGCCCAUUCCAGUACCAUGGACAGCCCAUCUUCCCCAGCCUUCCAGGGGUCCUGCCACAAGGUCCAGUACCCAGUCUGGGCUUGUGGAGGAAAAGCCCAGCCUCACCAGUGGAGCUAGCCCACUUCUGCAAGGAUGUGGACAAUCCAGGGCCCAAAGUAUACAGACCUGUGGUUCUGAAGCCUAUUCCCACUAAACCAGCUAUGCCUCCACCCCUCUUCAAUGUCUUCGGCUACCUCUAG